CAUAUUCCCAUGGCUAAUCACAAAGUUCUUAGUGUUUUUGCCUUUGUGUUACUGGGUUUAGGCAUUUGUUCUGCAACUAGAGCCCUCCUCACUCUUGAAGGAGCUGGCCACAGUCCUGGAAUUGGGCAUGAGGUUGGUGUUGGGUAUGGUGGUAAUGUUGGUGGAGGUUAUGGUGGUGGAGGAGGUGCAGGUGGUGGCUCUGGAUAUGGAGCUGUAGGGGACCACGGUGUUGUUGGCUAUGGAAGUGGUGGUGGUAGUGGAGAAGGUAGUGGAGCGGGCUAUGGAGCUGCUGGUGGACAUGGUGGAGGAUAUGGAAGUGGUGGUGGUGGUGGAGCUAGUUAUGGCACAGGAGGCGCUGGAUACGGAUCUGGUGGUGGUGAAGGAGGUGGUGCUGGAUAUGGAGCUGGCGGAGAACAUGGGGCAGGAUAUGGUGGUGGUGGAGGAAAAGGUGGUGGCGGUGGUGUUGGGUAUGGUGCAGGGGGAGAGCAUGGUAUUGGUUACGGAGGUGGUGAAGGAGGUGGUGCUGGAUAUGGAGGUGGUGGAGAACAUGGGGCAGGAUAUGGUGCUGGUGGUGGAGGAGGAAAAGGUGGUGGUGGUGGAUAUGGUGCAGGAGGAGACCAUGGUGCUGGUUAUGGAGGUGGUGAAGGAGGAGGCCACGGUGGCGGCUAUGGUGCUGGAGGAGAACAUGGUCCUGGCGUUGGAGGUGGUGGUGGUAGUGGUGGCGGUGGCGGUGGUGGAACAGGAUACGAUGCUAGUGGAGCACAUGGAGGUGGAUAUGGAAGUGGUGGGGGAUCUGGCGGAGGUAUCGGUGCUGGAGGCUAUGGUGGUGGGGGUGGAGGUGGUUCUGGUGGUGGUGGCGGCUAUGGUGCUGGAGGUGAACAUGGGGCAGGAUAUGGAGGAGGCAGCGGUAGUGGUGAAGGUGGUGGCCAUGGUGGCUAUUCUCCUUGAAAAUUCAAUUGCACCAUCACAUUGCCUUAAAAGGAAACUUGUUACUUCUCACCCUUGCUAUUCAAAAAUAAGGUUAAUUUGGGUAGGAAGUAGCUUAUAAUAAAUUAUAUAAUUAAAUACU